AUGUCUUCGGUCGGGGCGGCGCCGACCGUCGCCGCUAACCACAGCGCGUCGCUGGGGGCGACCAAGCUCAUGUAUGCGCUCACGAAUGCCGGGUCGUCCUCAAUAUCUAGCUUCCUCACUGUGUACUACCAGCACACCGCGGGGUUCUCCAAGGUGCAGAUCGGGGUUCUGCAGACGCUGCCCAACUUCUCGUCCGUCGUUGCCCCGCCCGUGUGGGGCGCAGUGGCCGACUACAUCCGAGACCAACGACGUAUCCACGUGCUGUGCAUCGUCACGGGGACUCUGUUCUACUUCGGAAUCCAAUUCUUUUCCUGGUCGUUCGGCUGGACGCUGUUCAUGGUGGUGAUGGCGCGCUUCCAGAGGUGUCCGUCAGGGUCCCUACUGGACCACGCAGUGCUUGACGUGCUGGAGAAAGUUGGAGGGGAGUACGGCAAGCAGAGACUCUUUGGCGCAGUUGGUUGGGGGCUCGGGGCGUACGUCACGGGGCUGAUGGUGGCGACGGGCGGCAUCUACUGGUCCUUCUGGACACAGCUCGUCUUGUGGUAUGCGUCGCUAGCCGUCCUACAGCGGAUCCCUCCUGUCAAAUACGGCGAUGUUAACAGUGGAAGGCAUAUUGCACUAGAGGGGACGUCGUUCGUGGAGAGUGCGAAACUUCUGGCCAAAGAGCUGGAUGUGUUGAUGCUGCUUGGAGUGGUGUUCGUCAUGGGGCUCAUGUACGGUGUCAUCGCCAGUUUCCUCACCCUGAACCUGUACAACCUGUCGGGCGGGGACCCUCGGAUCGUGGGGAUUGCAAUCAUGUGCCAAACCUCGUCGGAGCUGCCCGCUUUCUUCUUUGCGGACAGAAUUAUCAAGAAGAUCGGAACGGUGAAAGUGUUCUUGGUCUCCAUUCUAGGGUACGCUGUUCGCAUUGCGUACUACGCCUCGAUGACCAACGCGUGGGGCGCGAUUCCGUUCGAGUUCUUGCAUGGCGUCACGUUCGGAUUGGCUUGGGCGGCGUGCACGCAGUACAUUUAUUCGGCGUCUCCGCGCGGGUGCGCCAGUACCGUCAUGGGGGUCUUGAACGCGGUGCAGAACGGACUCGCGCGUGCAAUGGGGACGCUGGUGGGUGGCUACUUCUACGAGCGCUACGGGCCGCGAACGAUGUGGUUGGUGGCAGGGCUCGGCGUGCCUCUCUCGCUCAUUGGUCUGGCGUUCUUCCGGCGCUUCAAGGGGAUCAGCAACGUCGUUAUUCAGGAAACGAUGCUGCUGGAGGAAGCGGAGAUCUUCACCCCGCACGGCGCCAACCCGCAACCGAUGAGGUCGGACGGCUAUGGCUCAUGCGGUGAGUCUUCGUGA